UUUUUUUUUUUUUUUUUUUUGGGGUCCACAUAUAGCUCCAUCUUAUCUCCUCAAUUGCACCCACCCUCAAGCAUAGUCUUUCCGCGAUGACAAUUGGAGGAGAGCUGUCAGCGGAAGUCAACUGGGCGAUUUCAGAGCUGGUGCCUGCCCGCCCCGACUGGCUUGCAAGUGUCCGCUCCUGUGGCGUGCAGUGAAUUCACUUUGUUGGUCCCAGCGUCGCGAUGAAACCGGCUCAGGAGCGCAACCAGGAGUGCCUGCCUCCUAAGAAGAGGGACCUCCCUGUUAGCAAUUGUGGCAGCGCUGCAGGGACACCAGGAGCGGGGUCUGCCGUAGAAAGAGAACGAGGAGGAGGAGCGGCUGCCAGCGGUGGAGGUAGCAUUGUUGGAGAAGAUGAAGCGGGCUCCAUCCAGAACUGUGUGGCCAACAGUGACUCUCAGGGAGGCCCUCCAUCUGGGGAGUGGCUGCGAGCUCAGGCGGGACUUCACUACGGCAUGGACACUUCUGAGGGCAUAUCAGCAGUUCCAGUAGACCAGUACAGUAUGCUUUAUAAAGUGGCUCUACCGUCUGUUACAUACUCGCCCACCAGUCCUCACCCAGUCUUAAGCCACAUCUCUCCAGCCUACACUGUACACUCGCCCCUCUUGCAGCAUCCGGGCCUUCCUUAUCCUCCUUUGGGCUACGCGCAGGUCCCUCAUUCCUCCCUCCAGUUCGUCAGCUCCCCGUAUGCGGCAGUACCGUACGCUUUACCUCCCGGCUUUGUCCCCGGUUCGCUAAUCUCCCCCUCUGGGACCAUCCCUCAGGCCCACGCUGUGCCCCACCUCGUCCCUUACCCAUCUGUCAUACAAGAAGGGGUGGUCUCCCCACCUCCUCAGGCUCAGGUAGCCGCUCAUACCUUUGCCAAAGUUUCCGCAUCCAGCGCCGUACCGCUGAUGCUGCCUUCAGAGCAGGUCGCCCAGCAGCACCUCAGUACUGUGGGAGUCAUGUCCGCCACAGAGCUCAGCUCGCGGGGGAUGCCGCUCUUCUAUCACCCUCAGGGUGCUGCCAGAGCUCCUGCCUCCAGGGACACCCACAACAUGCAUCAGGAAAAGGAGCCAGAGAUAAAUGGAGGGGACAAGGGCCAGGGGGCCAGGGAGCUCGCGUUGGACUCCUCCUACCCCGGCAGGAAUGCACGAGUGCAGCAGGUAACGGCCAUCCCUGCAGCGCACGAGCCCAACCAGAAACGCCGGCUGAGCUCACCCGGGCACCGCAGCACUCCAGACAGUGACCUGGAGGUGCAACAGGUGGUUGGCAGUUUGGCUUCCUCCUCCAGCCAAGGUGUCAGCGGAGUGCGUAAAGAGGUCUCCUUCGCCCCUUUGAAUCUGUCUCAGACUGUCCAGAAAGCCAGAGACAUCCACGGAGAGAACCUGGCUCUCGCUUCUGGCCGUGCCGCGUUCGUUGCCCAACCUGUGAACUAUGGUGAGCCCAGAGUGAGCGGACUGCAGCCGCAGCAACAAGUGGGUCAGCCGGCCCACGCUGUCAUGCUAUCCAACGGGCAGCCUGUGCUAAUCCCUGUGGAGUAUCACACGCAGCCUCAGCAACACUACCCAGCACAGGCUAAUGACGGCUCUCCCAAGCCCCCCUUUAAAGCCUCAGAUCCUUCAGCCAGAGCUUGCCUCCCCGAGAGGGCUGGGGGCGAGCCGGUCGUACCCCAGCAGCAGCAGCAGCCGCAGCCUCCCGCUGAGGUGACCCAGGCCUUAGCAUCCUGCACCGUCCCCGGCCCGGCCCCCGGCAACCCGUCGCACUUCAUGAAGGGCGCCAUCAUCCAGCUGGCCACAGGGGAGCUGAAGCGUGUGGAGGACCUGCAAACUCAGGACUUUGUGCGCAGCGCCGAGCUGAGCGGCGGGCUGAAGAUCGACUCCAGCAUGGUGGUGGACAUCCGCGCCAGCCAGCAGAGGCCUGGCCUGGUGACGCUGCACUUUACAGUGGGGGAGCAGCAGAGCAAAGUGACCAUCGACGUGCCGCCGGAGCACCCCUUUUUUGUGUUCGGCCAAGGCUGGUCAUCCUACAGCCCGGAGCACACCGCGCAGCUCUAUGGCUUGCCCUGCCAUCAGAUCCAAGUCGGGGACGUGUGCGUGUCCAUCACGCUGCAGCAGCAACCAUCACAGCAGAAAGCCGCACAACACCAUCACCCUCAACAGCAGAACGUGGCCAAGACGGUGAGCAAAAGCACCGAACACGCUCACCAGCUCAUGGGGCCGCCUGCCCCGCAGCAACCGCGUCCUCAGGUUCAUUUCAGGACAGAGCGCGUGCACAGAGACAGGCCGAGGGAGGCCGAAGAAGACACGACGGACAGGGAAGAAGCCACACACCACCCCGAGCCCCACAUGAGACCGAGUUGGACCUCAGGCGAGCACCCCAGGAGUCAGAGCGGCUACCACUUGCACACGGACGCCUCCGCCUUCGCGGGUGCCGCCAUGGGGGCCGUGCUGGGCGCUUCUCAGAGACGCUGGUCCUCUCCUGGCCUCCAAAGAUACAGUAUGAAGGGAGAGCAUGGGGCGUGUCCUCAGAUCAGCAGCUCUGGACACAUCCGACCCUCGUUUAUCCCCCAGGAGGUCAAACUGUCCAUUGAGGGACGCUCGAACGCAGGGAAGUAGCAUGAGGUUCGGUAGCAACUGUGGAGGAGACCCGCUGCGGCUGGAGUAAAGAGUGUGAAUGUAGCCGGAGAAUGUUGAAGAUUUUUGCACAACCAACUGAAAAAAAAAAAUCUUGUUCUGGCUCAGCAUUGCGCACCGUAAGGGAGAAGUUUGUAGUUUCUGAGAAUAGUCCUCGUACACUGCAUUUCUCCUCCCUCUGUCACCACUUCCUCACUGGAGGUCACCAUCUCAUUAGGAACGCCCAGGCUUCCUGAUCGGAACGCCCUUUGGUCGGACAACUCCGGGUUGGGUUUGGAGCCCUAUAAUCUUUGAUCCAUUCCUGACUUUCGACGUCUGUUACGACGACGCUGACACACAAAGCGCGGCGCGUCUUGUUGCGCGUCUUACAAUCCAACUUGUGAAGAAUCAAUCAC